CGUACCAUUUAACCAGGGGAUUAUUCGACGAAAUCGCGCACGAGACUUUGGUGUUCGCAGAAUUGUUUGACCACGAAAAAUUAUAUUUUAUUUUAAAAGUAUAUAGAUAGUCGGGAACAAGUCGUUUGACUUUACAGGGAUCAUUUCUUUAUGGAUGUGAACCACAUACUGGGAGCAAAGAGUAUAGGGAAGAGGAGAAGCCAAUGGUAAAAUAUAGUACAAGAGUUUCAGCGCCACCUAUUAACAAUAUUUGAUAAGAUUUAUUACUAGUACUUGAGAGUAUAUGCGUUGAUUCUUACGUUUGCGAGUUUAACUAGUCGUAGUCUAGCCAAGCUACAUAUAAAACACAAUCGUUUAACAAUUUAUAUCGAGGAUGAGUAACGAAGAAAUUGUAAAUUUCACAGACUUAGAACCAGGUAUUCAGGAGCUGAUAAAAGAGAGUGCUGCAGUUCGUAAAUUCUCUUAUUCACCUUAUAGUAAAUUCAAAGUUGGAGCUGCAGUACUUUGCGUUGAUGGGACCAUUUCUGCAGGAUGUAAUGUAGAGAAUGCAUCCUAUCCUGUUGGUACUUGCGCUGAAAGAGUAGCUAUUGUGAAAGCAGUGUCUGAUGGAAAAAAACAAUUCAAAGCAUUGGCUGUUGUAGCUGAUAAAUUAAAGGAUAGUUUUGUUACGCCUUGCGGUUUCUGCAGACAAGCUAUAGUAGAGUUUGGCGAUAUACCAGUUUAUUUGUCUGAUCCUGAAAUGAAAAAUGCAUUACGAACUACAGCAAGCAAUCUGCUACCUCGUGCCUUUGGUCUGGGCAAUCAUGAAAUUCUGCACUGAAUAUUUACCAGAAAUGGGGACUAAUUUUUACAAUUAGUUUCUAAAAAAAACUUUAAUCCAAUGCAAUAUUGAAUUAAUACUGAUUUGUUUUUUUUUGCUACAAAAUUGUUAUCUUCAAUAUUGGAAUACAGUUAGUGUUACAUUAUACAAACUUAACUAUAAUAAUGUCAGUGUAUCAUUUGUAUAAUCCUAAUAAUUGAAUUGUCAGUUUUUAUACAAGUUUUAAUAAAUACAGAGACAAUUCCGAACAGAAAA